CAGCAUGGCUUCUCCAGCUCUGCUCAUGCGUGUGGUCGCCUCUGCAUAUUCUGCAGCAGAAAAAGCUGCAGCAAUUGUUAGAAAUGUAAUGGCUACAGGAGAUCUGGGCAUAGUGGAGAAGACCGGAGCCAAUGACUUGCAGACCAAAGCUGACCGACUGGUACAAAUGAGCGUUUGUGCUUCCCUGGCACAGAAGUUUCCCAAGGUGACAAUCAUAGGAGAAGAAGAACUGCCCAGUGAUGAGGUAACUGAGGAACUAAUUGAAGAUGGUCACUGUGAAGAAAUCCUGAAGAAAACUUGUCCUUCUCAGUACGCAGGAAUUAAAGAGGAAGAGCUUGUAAUAUGGGUUGAUCCCUUGGAUGGAACCAAGGAGUACACUGAAGGUCUCCUUGACCACGUAACAAUUCUUAUUGGAAUUGCUUAUGGAGGCAAAGCAAUAGCAGGAGUUAUUAACCAGCCAUAUUACAACUAUGAGGCAGGACCUGAUGCUGUGCUGGGCAGGACAAUUUGGGGAGUCCUGGGCAUAGGUGCCUUUGGAAUUCAGCUCACAGAAGCACCUGCUGGGAAACACAUCAUCAUUACCACCCGCUCUCACAGCAGUGCCCUGGUAAAUGAAUGCAUCAGUGCUCUGAAUCCAGACAGUGUCAUCAGAGUUGGAGGAGCAGGAAACAAGAUCAUUCAGCUUAUAGAAGGCAAGGCAUCUGCUUAUAUAUUUGCCAGUCCUGGGUGCAAGAAAUGGGAUACAUGUGCACCAGAAGCUAUUCUACAUGCUGUGGGAGGCAAGAUAACUGAUAUCCAUGGAAAUUCAUUUCAGUAUAACAAGGAAGUGAAACACAUGAAUUCUGCUGGGGUCCUUGCUGCUUUGAGAAAUUAUGACUAUUAUGCCAGUCGUAUUCCUAACACUGUUAAACAAUCUCUUGUGCCUUGAAGCAAUAAAGCAUCUUCACUUGGCCUGGCAGGCUGAGAAAAUGAGCUUGGAGGAGAGAGAGAGAUGAUAACUGAGCCUUAAAUAUUGUUUUAGAGAGCCUGAUCUGAAUGCUUUCAUUAAGGUGUUCAAUAAUUUCAAAUUGCACACAGAAUCAAUAUGUAUAUGUUGGAUCAGAUUGUUUUGCUGUGUUUAGCAGAAAACAUCAAACCAGUCACAUUCUUCAAUAGAUGUUUUCCACAUCCUUUGGGAGUAUUUGUUCUUCAUGAUUGCGUUCAAUAUACUGCUAAUUUUAACACUGGGGUCCAAAAAUCAUCUUAAUAGUCAGGGUACAAAAUCACGGCAAGUCAUUU